CCAAAGGCGUGAACAGCUGUCCAUAUUACUCUACAUUACACUCGCACGCACAUCGACUGAAUCGCAUGCAAUGCGGCCGGAACUUGCCUCUAGUAUUUGAUCCUCAUUUUCAUUCUGGCCGAGAGCUGUGCUCUUGAUACUGUGCGGCACACCGAGCUCGCGCUCUCCCGCUUCCAUAGAGCGCUUAUAGAUACCCCAUUCAUUACCUAGUAAUCGCCUAAUGGACGAAGACGCCCCCAACUUUUCUUAUGCCUAUGGUGGCGCGCCUUUGACACCAUCGUCCGCUUCGUGGAACCCUGCGCUGCGAAGCGAAAAGGAAGCCAGUGCACCAGCCAACGCGAAACCACCGGCGCAGCCCGAGCCAGAAUCUUCUUCCGAAGAAGAGGAAGAGGAAGAAUCAGAGGAAGAAGACAGCGAGGACGAAGACGAAGACAAAGUUCCGUCCCAACCCGCUGUAACGGCACCAGCAGCGACUGCGCCUCCACCUUCAAUCAAGCCUGCAACUGCUGAGCAACAGUCGAAUGAUGAAUCUCCAGCGCGCGACAUUAUUGCUCAGGCUGAGCAGAGCGCAUCACAACCGCCAGUGCAACAAUCCCAGGAGGAACUCGGAGCAAGUGGGGCUGAGAAGGAUCUCGUAAAUGCAACGCAGGCGCUCAACAUCGAGGAACAGACUGCCCCGGCAGAAGCUGAAGCAAACAAAAAUAAAGAGGGGUCAGAAGAGGAAGACAGUGAUGAAGAGAGCUCCGACGAAGAACCAAAUCCCGAAGCGCAUCCGGAAGUGAAUUACGAGCACCAAGGUGAAAGCACUGUUCUAGAGGAUGCUGUGACUGAAAGUGUAAAGGCACCUCUGGUAGCAGACACCGAAGCGGAUGAGUGGGGUACCUCCGGCGACGAUGCCUUCGAUCUUGGUGGGCAACCACAGGAAUCUGCUUUACCAACACCUGCGGUAGAAGCUGUUGGGACAACAGUAGGAGACGAGUCUAUUGGAAACACCACCGUGGGUGGAAAUGCAGGCGCAGGCAUCGACUGGGGCAACACAGAAGAACAAGAGGACUUUUUUGGUACAAUUGCGGGUCAACAAAUUGAACCUGCGCAGUCUACAAAUGAAACCCCUGGUGCGCAUGUAGUACAGGCAGAAGCGAAAGCCCCCGAGAAGAGCGAGUGGGAUUUAGACCUGGACUUGGACGAUGAUUUCUUGCCUGACAAGGAAGAUGGACCGGUCAUUGAAUUGAGUGAUGACGAAGGUUUUCUAGAAGACGAACCCCCUGCGGCAGCAGAACAGCCCGUACAGUCCCAUCCGUCAGGCACUGCAAGCCGGUACGCGCCUCAAGCUGCAACGCCAGCUGCAGUCCCUGCUGCGAGCCCAUAUGCCCCCCAAGCGCAGUCAACCCCUGCGGCCACCCCGGCUUAUGAUGGCUUUGGGCGGAAUCUGGCAUACCAACAGCAGCAACAAUCCCGACCUCCUCCAGUGAGCUCGGCGCAAAGUUUUGUUGAUAAAUCCAAAGGUGGUUAUGCUUCGCCCUACGACCUACCAGAAGACAUUGUCACCACCCGAAAGCGACCAGCUCCUCGUGCAACAGUCCCAGCCUUACAGCCUACUCCUCCGCCUCCACGUAGUAGUAGUGUGUCUUCGAAUAGUGGACUUCCACGGCCACCUCCUCUUUCAUCGAGUAUGUCGACGUCUAGCCUGUCUCCACCAUCCUCGGGCCACUCGAUGCAGGCACAGAUAAGCGGAAUGCCACCAGCAGCAGCUCCGCCAAAACCAGCUGUAACAUCAAAAUCACCUUCGAGCGACUUCUUUGCCGAGCUACCUGUGACCUCCAAACCGCGGCCAUCGGGACGCUACACUCCGCAGCCGAAUGUGCCUGUUCAACCUCCAGCACAACCACCACCUCCGCACAUGCCACCCAAAGAGCGUACACCGUCAUUGUCCUCUCUGAGGAACGAGUUUCUCCCCAAUAAUGCAAACGUUGCUACGCCCCCUCCAUUUAGGCAACCUGAACAGCUGCCUAUGUUCCCAAGUCAACCAUCGGUACCCGCGCGGACGAACAGUCUUCCUGUGCCUCAGCCCGCGCCUGCACCUCCCACGAACAGAUACUCGCCCGCCCCACCACCUUCAGCACCGGCAGGUAAUGCACGGUAUUCUCCUGCCCCGCCUGCCGCCGUACCUGCCGCAAAUGCUCGUUACUCGCCCGCACCUCCAUCCCAGGCACAACCUCAUGCUCGAUAUGCAUCUGAGCCGCAUAACAACUUGACGCGAACGCCGUCCCAGCCUUUUGCGCCUCGCACAUCUAGCCCGCUAGCUUUCCACAGCAUGCCUCAACAGCAUGGGCAAGAGUCUGAAUCUCAGCCUCAAGCCCCGCCAACUCACCAGCUUUCUCAGUCAAUCGAUGGUACGCCACGUCCGCCAAUCAGGAGUCCAUUAGGAGAGGUUACCGAGAUUGGAGAACAAGAUUCAACACUGAGCUCGAGACCACCCACAUCUGGGAGGUCCGAGACUCCGCCUCCACGCAGUACGCCUUCAUCGAAUGUGGGUUCUCCGCGUAAAAGGGACAAUUAUGUGCCCAGGUAUCAGCCAGCGCAAACAGCCGCUCCGCAACGCUCUCAGUCUCAGUCUCCAACAGCGACUAUGAAACAGCCUCUUCGUAACGUGAGUAGCUCAGAGCUAGGGGGAUCCAUGUUUGGGAUCAUGCCACAAGCCAUGACUUAUGGGCCAUCUCAAUCUGCUUCAAGCACGGUCAAUGUCAUACCCCACCGUCAGCAGGCAUCGGUCAACUACGACUUCAUUGUACCUGAAGACGAGCGUGCAGCUGACCUACUUGAGAGGUGGAAGGGAUAUCCCAUCUUCACAUGGGGUCUGGGAGGUACUGUGGUAACGAGCUUCCCAAAGCAAAUUCCUCGAUAUGGAGGCGGUGGUUCGGCGCCAAUGAUGAAGACCAGCCCCGGUGAGGUUCGUCUUCAAAGCAUCAAGGAAGUCCUACCUCUGCCAGAAGAUAUCGCAAAGUUCCCUGGACCGCUCAAGGCAAAGAGCAAGAAGAAGGACGUACUAGCGUGGCUUGGCCGCAAGAUUGAAGUGCUAGAUGCUCAAUCCAAAGAGCCUACACUCGAACACUCUAUAAGUGAAGACGACAUCAAGCGCCUCGAAGACAGAAUACUUCUAUGGAAGCUCAUGCAGAUUCUCGUUGAGCAUGAUGGUCGACUAGAAGGUGCACCUGCGGAGGUCGCUAUCAAGAAAAUAUUCUCCCCUGCUAAAGAAGAAGUCCCAGAUGCCGACGGCUCCUAUUCAACCGGAGUGGAUAUAGUUGGGCGCUCAAGAUCCAAUACCUCAACCAUCCAAGCAGAACCUUCCGACCCGCGAACUCUCGAAAACCUGCAAAAUAUGCUUAUUCAAGGUGAUCGCGAAAAGGCAGUCUGGCAUGCUGUUGACCAGCGACUAUGGGGCCAUGCUAUGUUGUUGUCUUCGACUGGCAACAAAGACACAUGGAAACGGGUUGUCCAAGAAUUUGUCCGGAAAGAAGUCAAAAAUGUCGGGCGCAAUAACCAGGCAUUGGCCGUGUUGUAUGAGGUCUUUGCUGGCAACCACGAGGAUUGCAUUGAUGAAUUGGUGCCGGCGUCAGCUCGUGCCGGCUUCCAGAUGAUAAGUGCAGAUGGGGCUGGAGCUACACAAAAUGCACUCCAGGGCCUGGACAAGUGGCGUGAGACGAUUGCGUUGAUUUUGAAUAACCGCAGCGAGGGUGAUGCAUCGGCACUGUUGUCUCUCGGAAGACUGCUUGCUCAGUAUGGCCGAGUCGAAGCUGCGCACAUUUGCUUCAUCUUUGCCCGUUCAGUGAUCAAGAUUGGUGGCAUCGACGAUAUCCAAGCCGAUCUUGUGCUCAUUGGCGCUGACCACCGCCAGUACCCUCUAGAAACAGGCAUUGAGCUUGAGCCGAUACUUCUGACCGAAGUGUUCGAGUUCGCCAUGUCGUUGUCAUCACCAAGCGUUCCGUACGUGCUACCUCAUCUGCAACACUACAAACUGGCACAUGCAUAUCAGCUAGCGGAAAAUGGUUACAAGACGGAUGCACAGGCAUACUGCGACUCUAUUGCGGCGGUCAUGAAGGCAACAACACAGAUUUCUCCAUACUACAACCCGGCCUUCAUCACUACCCUAGACGACUUGAGCCAGCGCCUGUCCCAAGCUCCUAAGGAUGGUUCGUCUUCGUGGAUUUCCAAGCCUAGCAUGGAUAAGGUUGGAAGCUCUCUGCUAUCAAAAUUCAACAGUUUCAUUGCAGGCGACGACGAAGCCGACGGGGGGAGGCCGGCCGGAACAGAAUCUGGACCUUUCGCUAACAUUGCUGGAGGCAGCCCAGCCCUCACGCCAUCGCAGUCAAACGCGGACUUGUAUAGCGCCAUGUCCGGCUACGGCGUACCUGCACAACCAGCAGCACCAGCUAACUCGAGGUACGCUCCGUCAAAUGCAUAUGCGCCAAGGUCAUCUUCGGAGCAACAGCGAUCUCGUUACGAGCCUCAGGGCCGACCAUCGAUGGAGUCAAACGACAGCUUUGGCAUGCGAGCCGCGUCGGACUCGUACACUCCUAUGACUCCAACCUCAGGCAUAUUGAGCCCUACGCAAAACCAGUUGAGCCCACCAAGCGCGCGUACACAAGGCAAGGUUCAAUCGUAUUCCCCACUGCGUCAGGAUUUCAGCCCUCGUCAGGCCUCGUACAAUAGUCCUUACAUGCCUAUGUCUUCUGUCGAAGGGUUGGCUGCCUCUCCUGCAUUUGGCGGGUACCAGCCUCAGGCGAGCUUCGACGAGCCCGCCCAACCCGCAACAGACGAGCAGGGGCAGGGAUCAUCUAGCACCUAUGAACCUCCAUCAUACCAGCCGUACAACCCCGAUGAGGAUGACAAGGAGGAAGAGGAGCAACCCAAGAAGAAGAAAUCCUUUAUGGACGAUGACGACGACGAUGACCUGGCUGCUCGUGCCUCUGCAUUGAAAAUCAGCGGUGGCAGCAGCUCCAAGUCCGAGGCAGACAGGAAAGCAGACGAGGCCUUCCGCAAAGCUGCGGAGGCAGAUGAAAAACGCGACAAGGAGGCAGCAGCGGCGAAGAAGGGAGGCUGGCUUUCUGGGUGGUUCAAGAAGGACUCGAACGCUGGGCCUGGACCUAUCAAAGCGAAGCUUGGAGAAGAAAGCAGCUUCGUUUACGACACUGAUCUCGGAAAGUGGGUCAACAAGAAGGCGGGUGCAACAGAAGCGGCCAAGCCCUCUGCCACACCUCCACCUCCACGGUCUGGCCCGCCUGGGGCACCUCGGAGCGCUCCAGGAAGCACUGCUCCCGCACCUCCAUCGUCUGCUGGGCCUCCGGCUGCAGGCACAUUGCGUCCACCCGUCUCGAACCUGCGCUCGUCGUCAUUGCCACCACCACUGCACGGUGCUGGUUCCCGUGCAUCAACGCCAGGCAUUGCUGAGUCGGAUGAAGAAGGUCUUACCGGGCCUAAACCACCUAUCCUAGCGCGACCCAGCUUUGGUGCUGCGUCAGGACCGCCAUCACGGCCUGGUACAGGUAUGAGUAACGCUAGCAGUAUUGACGAUUUGCUGGGAGCGCCUCAAGCGAGGAAGGGACCAGCAGCAGGAAAGAAGAAGAAGGGCGGGCGUUAUGUGGAUGUCAUGGCCAAGUAGGAGAGAUCAGGGGGGACGAACUAGGUGGAUUUCACGGUUUUACGAGAGGUAUGUGUAUGAGUGCAAGGAUUGUGUGAAUGGGUCGGGUAGAGACGUGAUGCAUGUGUCGGUACCUGCAUUAGACGGGAGCCAGCAUCCUGGGUUGUGGAUGUAUGUACAAUAACGAGUUAUUUUUUGCUGUUAUCUUGGCUUUGUGCUUUUUUUGGGGAUGGAAUGACAUCGGGUAUGUUGAUAGCGGGUGGUGUUGGGUGCUUGACAAAAGAUACGGGAAAGGCCCGUCGGAUGACAGGCGCAGACGGGAGCGAUAGGCACGAAAAGAUGGGGUAGGUGCACCGACAGCGGAGAUGACGCACGACAAACCGCCUAGCCCUUCGGAUUCCUGACUACGACUUGACGGCAAUCUUUACGUUUCCGGGCCCUGGUUGGCUUUGGCGACGUCUUAUCU